AUGGUCGGUCAGAAUGUGAGCGUUUUUGGGAUUUCUCAAACAUCGCUCAUCUACUUCGAAUGCAAUUUGGUUCUAAUUCCGAAAAGUGACGGACAAUGUGAGGUACCGCAAUGUUCAGAGACGACUAAUCGUACGAGAAGAAGUUUCGAAGAUCUCGAGGACCAUGCCUUCGAGGUACAGUCACAAAGAAUCGAAGUGUCCGAACUCGGUAUGAUGCCAGACGCCAAGAGCGAUAUGGUCCAACCGGUAGAACUCGUCUGCCACGACAAACCCUCUUCUUCACGACGCAAUCAGAUUUGUGUGGCAUUUAAUCCGUUCAUUAUUUUCCUUGGUGGAAUGAUUGCGAUGGCCGUCUUCGCAGCGUUCGUAGCCGUGAUGAUAUCGUUACAACGAUACCGACAUUAUUCCAUAUCCCAUACGAUCUGUUAG